CAUUUCACUCUCUCGCGCUAGCAGCGAUAACGGCCAGCAGCGUUGUAACACACGACCCGUGAGUUGCAGCGAUUUGUCUGCCAGUGGAGCGCGAACGCCGCCAGCCGUGAUGUUUCCCUGCGCCUACUUCGUGGCGAGCCAGGUUAAGCGAUGCCUAGAAAAUAACAUUCCGGAGUUAGUGCGAGUCCUGGAAGAAGGAUUCCGUCACCUCGCCUUGGGUCCCGAAGGGGGCAUCGUGCAGCCGCAGAGACACAUCGUGCCUGUCAAGGAUGCCAGCGGGGAGCUGCUGUCUAUGCCGGCUUACAUCGCUUCCGGCGAAGCACUGGCCACCAAGGUGGUCACCAGUUACCCGAACAACAGGUCGCCCCUGCCGAGCAUCCAGGGCGUUGUGCUCCUCUUCCAUGCCGGCACCGGAGCCCUCAAGUGCGUGAUGGACGCAAUAGAAAUCACCGCCUACCGCACAGCUGCGGCUUCAGCCGUAGCCACUAAGUACCUCGCCACCGAGGGCCCGAAGAUCCUCGCAGUCUUGGGCGCAGGGACGCAAGCGAAGAGCCACGCCCUCAUCAUGACCACCAUGUUUCGUUUUGAACAGGUGCGCAUCUGGAACCACCGCGAGUCGUCGGCCGCGUCCCUCGUGCAAGAGCUCGCCGCCCACGGCAUUUCGGCGCGCUACGAGGCGUCUGCAGAGGAUGCCGUGCGCGACGCCGACGUCGUCGUCACCGCCACCUCGUCUCCCAAGCCGGUCCUGCAGGCCGGCUGGCUCAAGAAGGGCGCCCACGUCAACGCGGUGGGUGCUCCGCGCCCCGACUGGCAGGAGCUGAGCGAGGAGUUGAUGCGCCAGGCAGUCGUCUACGUGGACAGCACCGAAGGCGCACGCACAGAAUCCGGUGACGUCAUCAUAUCCGGGGCUGAUAUCUUCGCCGAGAUUGGAGAGGUCGUACUGGGUGCAAAGGAGAACCGGCGCUCCGACACGACAGUUUUCAAAUCGCUGGGCAUGGCGAUGGAAGAUGUUCUGGCAGCCGACCUUGUCUACCGUCACUUAUCGAAUGAUAAGAGUUGAAUGAAAAAGAAAAGGAGAAAGGGAGGAAGAAAAUAAAGCUGGCUGUUCAUGUAACGUGCAGAAUGGUCUGAUCACCUUAAUAAGGCGCACCCCUUGCAGACAAAAUAAAGGAACGUAAUGCUGCAA